AUGCCACCUCUUUAUGAAACGCACGCUCGAGACCAAGACGAAGAAGAUAAAUUGGAUUAUAUUCCUCAACAAAGCUUUUUUGAUCAUCAUGAACCGAUCAUGAAUAAUGAAGAAGUCCUCUCUUCGAGACAAAUACUGUCUAGACAAUUUUUAUUACUGCUUUUCCUGCUGUGUUUUGAUGCAACCUUAAUUUUUGUUCUUUGGAGUCAAAAGAAAUCCAUGUUUCGAAUCCGACGAGAUCCGAAACCGUCGGAAUCCAAUGCGAUUCCGUCACCAGGAUUUCAUCGGAUCCGUCGAAUUCCUGUAGGAUCUGAUAAAAUUCUGUAUUGGAUCCGAUGGGAUCCUAGUAUGGGAUUGUUCGAUCUGGGGUGGAUAAGUCUCCAGCAUUAA